AUGUCCGGCAACGGCGCCUGCAAUGGCACCAAGAAUGGUGUCUCCAAUGGGAGUGCCUACUACCGCAGCAAUCCCUACCAGCCUGUGCCGGACUUCCUGUCCAACGUCGACAAGUUCAAGAUCAUUGAGUCGACUCUGCGUGAGGGCGAGCAGUUCGCCAAUGCCUACUUUGACACUGAGACCAAGAUCAAGAUCGCCAAGGCGCUUGAUGAGUUUGGCGUCGACUACAUCGAGCUGACUUCGCCUGCUGCCUCGGAGCAGUCUCGCCGGGACUGCGAGGCCAUCUGCAAGCUCGGCCUCAAGGCCAAGAUCCUCACACACAUUCGCUGCGACAUGCGCGAUGCCAAGCUUGCCGUUGAGACAGGUGUCGACGGUUUGGAUGUUGUCAUUGGCACCUCUAGCUUCCUGCGCGAGCACAGCCAUGGCAAGGACAUGGCCUACAUUGAGAAGACGGCCAUUGAGGUGAUUGAGUACAUCAAGUCCAAGGGCCUGGAAGUGCGCUUCUCCAGCGAGGACUCCUUCCGCUCGGAUCUCGUCGAUCUCCUCUCCCUGUACAAGGCUGUCGACAAGGUCGGCGUCCACCGCGUCGGUAUUGCCGAUACCGUUGGCUGCGCGACCCCCAGGCAAGUCUACGACCUCGUCAGGACCCUGCGUGGUGUCGUGUCGUGCGAUAUCGAGACGCACUUCCACAACGAUACCGGCUGCGCCGUUGCCAAUGCCUAUUGCGCCCUCGAGGCCGGUGCCACCCACAUCGACACCUCCGUCCUUGGUAUCGGCGAGCGUAACGGUAUCACCCCUCUCGGUGGCUUGAUGGCCCGCAUGGUCGUCACGGCCCCUGAGUACGUCAAGAGCAAGUACAAGCUGCACAAGCUCAAGGAGAUCGAGGACAUGGUCGCCGAGGCUGUCCAGAUCAACGUCCCCUUCAACAAUCCCAUCACUGGCUUCUGCGCCUUCACCCACAAGGCCGGCAUCCACGCCAAGGCCAUCCUCAACAACCCCAGCACCUACGAGAUUCUCGACCCUGCGGACUUCGGUCUUACCCGCUACGUCCACUUUGCUUCUCGCCUGACCGGCUGGAACGCCGUCAAGACAAGAGUUAAGCAGCUUGGCCUGUCCAUGACCGACGACCAGGUCAAGGAAUGCACUGCCAAGAUCAAGGCUCUGGCCGACAUCCGGCCAAUUGCCAUCGACGAUGCCGAUUCUAUCAUCCGGAGCUUCCACAUUUCGCUGCAGCCGCAGCCGCACCGGCCUUCUGAGCCUGUUCCCACCGACGAGGUGAUUCCCGCUGAGGAGGAGCCUGAGCCGGCGGCUUGA